AUGACAACAACAACAACAACGGUUCCACUGGAACCUGACCGGAACCCGACCGGAACCCGACCGAAACCCGACCGGAACCCGACUGGAACCCGACCGGAACCCGACUGGAACCCGACCGGAACCCGACCGGAACCCGACCGGAACCCGACCGAAACCCGACUGGGACCCGACCGGAACCCGACCGGAACCCGACCGGAACCCGACCGGAACCCGACCAGAACCCGACCGAAACCCGACUGGAACCCGACCGGAACCCGACCGGAACCCGACUGGAACCCGACCGGAACCCGACCGGAACCCGACUGGAACCCGACCGGAACCCGACUGGAAACCCGACCGGAACCCGACUGGAACCCGACUGGAACCCGACCGGAACCCGACUGGAACCCGACCGAAACCCGACUGGAACCCGACCGGAACCCGACUGGAACCCGACCGAAACCCGACUGGAUUCAUUAG